AAAACUAUUCAAAUCACUUAGACAUGGGAAUCAGGUUGCCUUCGCUACUCCUCAAUGCCAGGCAGGUUCUCAAAAAGCAAGCUCAGUCUGACGUUCCGAAAGGUCAUAUUGCAGUUUAUGUCGGAGAAAUCCAAAGGAAGCGUUUUUUAGUUCCAAUAUCGUACUUGAACCAUCCUACAUUCAUGGCUUUGCUUAAGAGGGCUGAGGAAGAGUUUGGAUACAAUCAUCCAAUGGGGGGUUUGACAAUUCCCUGCAGAGAAGAUGCUUUCAUGGAUCUCACUUCAAGGCUACAUAGUUCUUGAAAGAUUUUGUAGAAAUAGAAAUCCCUUCCUCCACUUCCCAAGUUCUGCCAAACAUAUUUUUGUUCAUUUUGAGUUAGACAAAGUAGAAUGCCACUGGACAGUUCUUGUAAAUGAGGGAUAGAAAAGGUGGUUUAUUUGCCUUUCUUCCUGAUCUUUGUAACAUGUAUA